AUGGUAUCAAGAAAGCAUGCAGGCAUCAGGAUGGGUCUGCUGCAACAGAGGUGCACCGGGCACCUGCUCUGUGCGCUGAUCUUCCUCGAGGCUGCCGGGGUCUUGGCGUUGAUGUUCUACGCACUGCUGUGGAAAGCUGGGAACCUGGUCGACCUCCCUGACAAACGUAUUGGCUUUUACAACUUCUGCCUGUGGAACGAGACAGCUGGGGAGCUGCAGUGCCUAAAGUACAAGCACCUGCAGGCGAUGGGCAUCACCCUACCAGGAAUGGCAUUAGCCAGGGUUUGUGUGUAUGCCUGCCUGGUCUUCAGCAUGUUCUACCCCAUUUUUGUUGCACAUGUGAAGUGUGCAGAGGAGAGAGAGGGCUGGAAGGUGAUCCUCAUCAUACUCAUGAUCAAGAUGAUAGGCCUGUCUGCAGGCCUGGGUAUAUUUCUUUUCCAAACCUCGCAGUGGAUCCAGCUCUCUGAUUUCACUGGGGGCUUCCUGGCACUGGUUGGGACUCAGGCUCUGCUACUGCUCCAGAUUCUCACUGCCACUGUGUACCUCAGCUGGGACAAGCACACACACAUGUCAAAGCCCUUUUACUGA